ACGACGCGGCACGUUUAUAUACGUAGAUGCGCUGCUUCGCGAAACAUGUCGGCACCUGAGACAACGACGAAGGAGCCUCCUGAAGGAAAUGACUCAGAAACGCCAGCAGAGUCAUUACCUCAAACAAGUCAAGUGAAGGAAGAGAAUGCAGCCUCCACCACAGUUGCUGUUGUCAAGAAGACAGAGCCCAUGGGUGGUAUGCCAUCAAUGUUGUCAUCUCUGCAGCCUGGGAAGGAUUCUUCCAAAGCUGGAAAGGAGGGAGAGCAAUGGUCCCCUGCCUCCUCCUCAAACAAACCAGCAGCAGGACACGCGGCAAAGUCCCUUUUAUCAUUGUCCUCCUCUCCUUCUACGUCAUCAACGAUGUCCCCUGGCCGAGCAAAGAUGAGUGUUUCUGGACCUGGCAGUAGUAAAUCCUUCCUGGCACCUGCUCCAUCUCCCUCCUCCUCCUCUUCCCCUUCAUCCUCUUCGUCCUCUGUCACGGCUUCCUCAUCUCCUUCUGUCUCCCCUCCCCCACCCAAGAUCCAUCGGGCCCGCAAGACAAUGAACAGGCCUGCUCCAGGACAGAUAAGCAACGUUGAAGCACCUGCGACCCCUUCAGGAUCCUCAGAUAUUGAAACUGUUGCAAAAAGGAGAAAACUGGGUCAUUUCUCUGACACAAUUGAGAAGUCAGAGAACAUUCCAGAAAAUGAUCAAACUGUGGAAGAAACUCUAUUCCAUAAAAAGGUGGAGUCUGUUACCAAGACUGCACCAGAGAAGAGCAACAGCAGUGUGAGGAAGUCAGAGGAGGAAGUAGCAGAGAAAAAUAAGAUUUCCAGUCCGUCCACGCGAGAUUCAGAAAAGUUUGAAGAUGAUGGGGCAGAAGCAAGGCAGCACACUAAGGACGUAGAGGGGUCAGUGAACAUGUCAGAUCAUAGUUCAGAGUCUGAAACAAAGAGAGCUGUCCAGAGUAGAGAUGAGAGCGAGGAGACUUCGUGGCAGCAGUCGGACCAGAACAAAGAGAAUAACACAGCUGAUGUGGUGGAGACAGUGGGAGCAGGAAGGCCCACUGAGUACACCGAGGUUCCCCUGGGUGCUCUGGACAUCGCUGCUGCCGACAGUCUUACACUUUCUCCUCAUCACGAAGGAAGUGAUGCAGGAGACACGGAGCGGCUGGAGGAGCUUCCUCUCUGCAGCUGCAGGAUGGAGGCUCCUCGAGUCGACAGCACCAGCCACCGUGUCAGCAGACAGUGUAUGGCCACUGAGAGCAUCAAUGGAGAGCUGAGGGCUUGUACCAACCGGACUAUAAAAGGGGAGACCAUGCGGCCGUCCAGUCGGGUUCCCCUCAUGGUGCUUUGUGACGUCCAUCGGUCACACAUGGUUAAACACCACUGCUGUCCUGGGUGUGGAUACUUCUGCAUAGCGGGCACAUUUCUUGAGUGCUGCCCAGACCAACGCAUCGCUCACCGUUUCCACCGCGGUUGUGUGACCGUGCUGGGCGGUGGGCGCAGCAGAUCAAACGGCGGCGGUAUGCUUUUCUGUCCCCACUGCGGGGAAGAUGCCUCCGAGGCCCAGGAGGUCACCAUCCCCUCCUUCAACGCGGCCACAGCCUCCGCAACCACCGUUGUCACCAUGUCGGCUUCCUCCACCACCACCUCGUCUCUGCCGCCCUCCAUCCCCACAGCACCCUCCCUCACAGCAUCAACCGGAGGGAUGAAGGACGGGAAGAUGCCUGAAAGACCUGUCAGUGCACGUAUACAUAGUCAUGGCUUGGUGACACUGGCAGUGGAGCAGCCUGUAGCCUCUGCCACGACUGUGGCCACCAUCCCCCCAGCAGAGGAGGGAGUGGACAGCGUGGGGCCCUCUCUCUGUAUGCCAAAUGGGAAACCCAUCAGCCCCAGUGCCCUUCCACCUGGUCCCAGCAGGGCAGCGCUGCAGAAGGCUAUUCUCACACAGGACACUGAGAGGAGGAAGAAACUGAGGUUCCACCCUCGCCAGCUUUACCCUGCUGCCAAGCAAGGAGAGGUGCAGAGAGUCCUGCUCAUGCUGAUGGAGGGCAUAGAUCCAACAUACCAGCCUGACUCUCAGAACAAGCGCUCUGCUCUUCAUGCUGCAGCUCAGAGAGGUCUGCUGGAAGUCUGCUACAUUCUCAUACAGGCAGGAGCUCAAGUGGAUGCCCAGGACAAGGACCGGAGGACCCCUCUGUUUGAAGCCAUCAUCAACAAUCACAUUGAGGUGGCUCACUACCUGGUCCAGAACGGUGCCUGUGUCUACCAUGUUGAGGAGGAUGGAUAUACCGGCCUCCACCACGCCGCCAAGCUGGGAAACCUUGAAAUUGUCAACUUGCUUCUGGAAACGGGGCAGGUUGAUGUAAACGCACAGGACAGCGGUGGCUGGACGCCGAUCAUCUGGUCCGCAGAGCACAAACACGUAGCGGUGAUAAAAGUCCUGCUGAACAGAGGAGCUGAUGUCACCAUUAGUGAUAAGUCCCUUCCCUCCUUUCAGGAGCUGAAUGUGUGUCUCCACUGGGCAGCGUAUGCAGGGAAUGUGGAUAUUGCAGAGCUGGUGAUGAAUUCUGGCUGCUCCAUCGCCUCAGUUAACAUGCACGGAGACACACCGCUCCACAUCGCCGCCAGAGAGGGCUACUUGGAAUGUGUUACGUUGUUCCUGUCCAGAGGUGCAGACAUUGACAUUAUGAACAGGGAAGGAGACACGCCUCUCAGCCUCGCACGGCCCGACACGCCGGUGUGGGUGGCACUCCAGAUCAACAGGAAACUGAGAAGGGGAAUAACCAAUCGUAUGCUUCGGACUGAGAGAAUCAUCUGCAGUGACAUUGCACAAGGCUACGAGAACGUACCGAUUCCCUGUGUGAACGCAGUGGACGACGAGGGCUGUCCUUCAGACUACAAAUAUAUCUCAGAAAACUGUGAAACUUCAGCAAUGAACAUAGACCGCAAUAUUACACACUUGCAGCACUGUAGCUGCACUGAUGACUGCUCAUCUAGCAACUGCCUCUGUGGGCAGCUCAGUAUCCGCUGCUGGUACGACAAGGACCAGCGGCUGCUCCAGGAAUUCAACAAAAUUGAACCACCACUUAUAUUUGAAUGCAACAUGGCGUGUUCCUGUUACCGAACAUGCAAGAACAGGGUGGUACAGGCAGGAAUCAAAGUUCGUCUCCAGCUCUACAGGACAGAGAAGAUGGGCUGGGGAGUUCGAGCUCUGCAGGAUAUUCCACAGGGAAGCUUCAUCUGCGAAUAUGUCGGGGAGCUCAUCUCUGACGCAGAAGCAGAUGUUAGAGAAGACGACUCCUACCUGUUUGACCUGGACAACAAGGAUGGUGAGGUGUAUUGUAUCGACGCCCGGUACUAUGGCAACAUCAGCCGCUUCAUCAACCACCUGUGUGACCCAAACCUCAUCCCAGUGCGUGUGUUCAUGCUGCACCAGGACCUGAGAUUCCCCCGCAUCGCCUUCUUCAGCUCCAGAGACAUCCUCAGCGGACAAGAGCUGGGAUUCGACUAUGGAGACCGCUUUUGGGACAUAAAGAGCAAGUAUUUCACCUGUCAGUGUGGAUCAGAGAAAUGCAAGCACUCAGCCGAGGCCAUUGCUUUGGAGCAGAACAGACUGGCUCGACUGGAGGCUUGCCCAGAAUCGGGAGCUGACUGUGGGAUGACCAUGCUGGGAAGCUCUUAAAACAUUUACCCAUGGGGCCUUUGAAUUGAUGUCAACCAUUCGCACAUUGGCAAUGGAAAUACACCUGAGGAUUCGAUCGUGUUUAACAUUCUUUGUUUUAGGCAUGGUGCCGUUUUUUCUACUUGAAAUUUCCUUUUUCCCUCCAAAACUUGCCACCUUUUUAAAAAAGAAAAGAAAAGAAAUCCCCUAUGUGUAGAGGACAUGGGCCUUCACAUUUUUUUAAACUGUGGAUAUAAAACACAACAACAACUUGUAAUUCUGUACAUACAGUAUGUUUACUGUAUAUCACAAUCUGUUUUCCUUGGCACAGGAACUUUGUGCAUUAUGAGUCUGCCGUUAUGUAACUGUCAUGAAUGUUCUGUUGUGCCAACAAACGCAAUGUAUUUUUGACACAGUACUGUACUGGGUCAUCCCUUAGCCCAUACUGGACUUAAUAAGGACCUGAGGGAUGGUGUUGAUCCUGGAUGAUUGUGUAAGCUUUAUUUUCUUUAUUUUUAUACGCAUUGUUUUCUUUAUCACGUUUAGUUUAAUAAAUUGGCUCAUGAGUUGAUCUUUGGGCUUGUGUAUUAAGUGUGUCAUUCUCUUUUAAAAUGUGUUUCUCACUGGUUUACAAUAACCGAUUUAAUCCUUUAAUCCUACCCUUUAUCCUAAACCAUUUUGUGUGUGUAUAUUGAAUAUUUAUAUUGUCAAAUUUAAAGAUGGAUGUGAACUCUCAUCAAGACUGUU